AGAAUAAAAGAAACUCCUCACGAUCUAGGGUUCCCGGUUCCCUCCUCUUCGUCGGUUCGCCUCCUCUCGAUCUGCAGCUCCUUCCUCUUGAUGAAUAUGUAGCCCGUAAUGAUUUGGUCCUUGCCCUACCAGAUAGGAUCGAAGCCAUACCAGAUGGGACUGCAGCUACACCCAAACAAACCAGUGGCUGGUCAGGUUCAGCUUCUUGUGCAGAAAUCAAGUUUGAUUCAGGUGAUUAGUUGACUUAGUCUUCCUACAACCUGAUUUUUUAUACAAUAAAUUUUUUUUUUUGCUCGGAGACUCUUACUUUUGUGGUUAAAUUAAAAGUUGUUGGUUCAUUUGGAUCAUAGAUAGACAGAUGGACGGUUUGACAAUGAGUACUUCCAGCAAGCAGAAGAGUCCAGCCAACUGAUUAUUGUGUCUUGAUGGAUUUUGUAUGGAUUAAUUAGGGUCUGUUGUUCAUGUUUUAGCAUAUGACUCAACUCUUAAAUGCUCAACGUGUGCAGGGUCAUUCCUAAAGCGUCCCUCUUGAGGUAUCAAUAAUGUUCUGAUCUGUAACUUUGUUUCCAAUGUUAGUAUGUCUCAAGUAAAUGAUGUUAUUUCCUCAUUGAUAGAAUUGGAGUUGUUAUUAUGAUCGCAUUAUUUUUUCGAUCAAAAGGUGGUCAUGAAGCUACUCUCAUAUGAGGUUAAUUUGAUUCUUGGUGAUAUUCUCAACUUUGAUUGUUUCUAUUAGUUGCUUGUUGGGUGGUCUAAUUCUUCAAAAGAAUGACUUAAAAAAUACUUUCCAGGGUACCUUUUAAUUGUUGUCCUAGUUCUCCAUCCGAUGGAAGUGCUUCAUUAGCCCUUGUUGCAUGAGAGUACGUAAAGCUGAAAUGGCUAGAGAAGCUGAUGCUUUUAUUGCUCAUCCGGGUGGAUAUGGAACUGUGGAAGAGGUUCUAGAGAUGAUAACAUGGUCACAACUUGGAAUUCGUAAGGAACUGAUUCGUCUGCUAAAUGUUGAUGGGUACUACCACUCUUUGCUUGCAUUAUUUGACAAUGGUGUUGAAGAAGGUUUCAUCAAGCCAAAUGCUCGACACAUCAUCCUUUUCGCGUCAACUGCACAAUAAAGAUGGAGGUUAUUUGAUGACAUUGAAAGACAUCUUUCUACCGUGAUGAAGGGAACUUCUUUUUCCUAUUAUGUUUGUGAUUGGUUGCAAAAUAUUCCACUGAUGUGGAUGAGACAAUGUAAUAUAAAUUGUUAGAAAUUUAUGCAUUUCAUAGUUUUGAUGGAUUAGUAAUGAAUUUAGAAGCUUUAGAUA